AUGGGCUCCAUGGUGUGGGGCUGCAUCACUGACUUCUUCACCUACGAGACCACCAAGUCUGUCGUGGUCAAGAGCUGGUCUGUGGGAAUCAUCAACCGGAUUGUACAGCUGCUCAUCAUCACAUAUUUUGUCGGCUGGGUCUUCAUCUAUGAGAAAGCUUAUCAGGUGACCGACACCGGCAUCGAGUCCUCCGUGAUGACCAAAGUAAAAGGUUUUGGUUACCAUAACAACCGUGUGAUGGAUGUGGCCGACUACGUCUCCCCUCCUCAGGGUACAGGUGUUUUCUGCAUUAUGACCAAACUCAUCAUCACCGAAAAUCAGUUCCAAGGACGAUGUCCAGAGACCGGCAAGAGAUUUAUUUGUAGCAAAGAUGAAGACUGCAAGAAGCAUUUCGGUUCCAUCCUCUCCAACGGUGUAAUAACUGGUGUCUGCGUUAAAAAUGAAAGUGAGUCAAAAGGUUGGUGUGAGAUUGAAGGAUGGUGUCCAGCUGAGAAUGACAGCAUCGCUGUCGAGCCAAUGCUGGAUGUGAAAAACUUCACCAUCUUCAUCAAAAACAGUAUUCGCUUCCCACUCUUUGACAUCACCAGAGGGAACUUUCCUUCCUCAAUGACGUCCAACGAGAUCAAGACCUGCACCUACCAUCCAGAGACACACCGCCUCUGCCCCAUCUUUCGAGUGGGCGAUGUGCUGAACUACACUGGGCAGAAUGUGGCUGAUCUGUCAGAGAAGGGAGGAGAAAUAGGAAUAAACAUUCAGUGGAAGUGUAACCUGGACACGGACAUCGAAAACUGUAAACCCGAGUACACGUUCACACGACUGGAUGCUCCGUUUGCCAAGAAUGCCGUUUCCAAAGGAUACAACUUCAGAUUUGCCAAAUAUUUCAAGACAGACAACGGGACAGAAUUUCGGACUCUUCACAAAGCAUAUGCAAUCCGCUUUGAUGUGAUGGUCACUGGCAAUGCAGGAAAGUUUAACACGAUCCCAACCCUGAUCAACUUGGUCGCUGCCUUCACCUCAGUGGGACUGGGUACGGUUCUCUGUGAUGUUAUCUUGCUGAACUUCUUGAAAGGCGCAGAUCAGUACAAAGCCAAGAAGUUUGAAGAGGUGUCAGAGAGGCAGAUAGAAGAGUCCCUUGCUCAGAGUCCAGCCAGCCAGCUGUCACUCAAACGAGCCAUCAAGAGCUCCUCUGACUCUGGAGCCAUUUCUCUCUCCACCUGUGACCAACCUAUCUGACUGACCACAACAACAGUAUGAAGAAAUGGACAUCCUUCUCUCUUUCGCGCUCCCUUUAUUGCCUUGCAAGAGAUCAUUAAGUCUGAUAUGGUUGGAUCCUGUAGUCAGUUUUAACUUGGCUAGUUGAUAGAAGUGGGUAAAGAAGGACAACACUGCUGCUGUCUUUGCAAUUUCAAAACUAACAAGUGAGAAUUUAAAAAAAACAAUAUUGCCUUGUAGUUUUUAACAAAACACUCAAGUGAAGUUCCCCUUAAAGAAAAUUGCCAGCUCUUAACUAGUUCAAUAAAACAUAGUUAAAACAGUAUUAAUCUCAGAGGGAAACAUACAGUAAUAAAAAAAAAUGUAAUUUUAUUGUAAGCAGUUUCAUUUUACAAGACAUGUUACAGCAGCUUGACUACAAUAAUCUGUAACCUCCUGUUUGUCAGCUGCAAAAUAAUAAAGCUGAAUAAAUCCUCCUUCCCCUUUUAUUGCUUAAGAUUUUUGGAGUAUUUCUCUUUGUCAUGUCAUGUUCAUACAAUCACAACCGGCCUUUUCUUGACAAAUAAAAGUGCUGAAGUCUCUUAAUGGUGUACGGGCACAGUUAAUACUGAUGUGUGUGUGUGUUCUGAGAAAGGGCAGCUGUGGGGUAAAUGUGUGUGUGGCUUGAGGUUUACAAAUGGGCCAUUAUUAGUACAUUUCUUGGUGAUAUUGCACAGCAGGAGAUGUUACUGACUAAUGGACUAAUGUGAUUCCUGUUUUUAGAACGGAUAAUCCAAAAGGAAAUUAUGACUCUCAUUUUCUCCGUUUAAAUCUCGGCUUUACUCCAAGAUUUUCAUUUAAGACGUUUGUGUACUUCGCUGUCUUUCUCUUUCGCUCUCUCACACUCGUGCUGCAGAUUUUCACAUCCUCUCUCUCUCUGCGCCCCCUCCUCAUUUCACUGAACUGACCAGGGCACUAAUAGAUCAGCUAAAGAGCCUCUUAGUGCGUCUGACAGUGAUUUAUGGGAGAGGAUAUCCGUGAAGGGAGGCCCCAGAGGAAUUGACAGCAGUUAGCCACAAAGUUUCAUGUACUAAUUUAAUAACACAAAUGAAUAUAAUGCAUGUAAUGGAAACGACAGAAUAUAAUACAAAGUGCUAUAAAGUACUCUGUCUCUCUGAAUGAUGGCUUUGGUCACUCUUUGAAGCUGCAGCUCAUCUGAAAAAAAUAGUUUCCAUGAGUUCUCUGCAGACAACUGUAUUAUGUGUGUCCGUGCAUACACUUUGGAAAUUGUGAAAAAUUUAGCAGAUAAUGUCAGAUGAUCCCCGUUUAUUAAGGUGACUGGUAUAACGAGGUAACUGGAAGAUGGUAUGUAUUUUUUUUUAAUAUGUUAUCUAGCUUUUCAUGUAGAGGGAAUAAUGUAGCCAAAAUGUGGGUGCUUUCUCAGCAUCCAUCUCAAGGAUAACAGGAUAGAAGGAUGAUGACUUUAAAAAGGAAGGUAUAUGUGAAGCUGGUCAGCUUAGUUUAGCAAAAAGACUGGGAGCAGGGGGAAAUGGCUAGCCAGGGUUAGUCCAGAGGUAACAAAACGUAUAUCUAUAGUGCACCAACUACACAUAUCUUAUUGCUUUAAGCCUCGUCUUGCGGAGCCAGACGGUUCUGUAGCACUGACACAGCACUGUGUAGAACGGUCUGACUGCACCUCGUUACUAUUCUGCCAUAGGGUGAAAAUGUGUUCAGAGAAAUCCUGAUCACUUUGGGUGAUGCUAAAAACAGGAUGAAUCACUGGUGUUCACUCAAAAUCACGACGUGGGAUUUGUUUUUGUGAUACAUUUGCAUACAGGGAGAUAAGCACUGCCAUUAAAAUGGAAAACUCAUGGGGGGGUAAAAUAGUAGGCCUGCUUUACUGCAUGAUCCAAAUCUUUGGAAAAACUUUACAUUUUCUUUUUGGCAGGUUGCUGCUGGGAUUUUAAAAAUGUUAAGACUUACAUAGAGGGAGGGAAGAAAGCCACACACACUGUGCAUCUGAUGACAAACCUACAUCUGUAAUCUGCAUCCAGUGAAUCACACUACCUUCGUACUUUCAAAAACUGAGUUGCAAAAAUAAGAUGCCUGUAUCUUGGCCCCUGGAUUACAUGAGCAGAGUGGCUUUGGUCUUCUCAUCUAACUCACUGACAGAAAACAAAUAAGUAUAUAUCUAAAACUGAUGACAUGUUCCUUUAAUAUCUGUCUUAACCUCAGUCUCCCAUGUUGCUUCAGCUACAUAAAAUAUAACUGCAGCAUCAGUAAAAACUUCACAGAGACUGAAAACAUUUUCUUCUGUGAGGGAUGACUGAUGGGAGUUUUAAUGAUGACAGUUAAAAAAAAAAAAAA